CGCGCCCUUUUACAAAGUACACUCGCAGCAGAACAAUGGUGGGCACCUCGACCGCGCCCUCCUAUAUAUACCCCAUGAACAGAGCAGAGAACGACAGACAGAGACAGAUAACACAGCCACCAAAGCAUCGACCGAUCGGCGUGCCGGGUGAACUGUGAGUUGAUCGAGCUGGGUGGACAUUUCUGGAAUUACAUAACUUCAUCAACCAUGGGUCGUCCCGAUUCCGAGGCGCCGACGUCGAGCAUUGCCGCGGGGCUGGCUGCCGCCCUCGGAGGCGGGGGAGAAGCGCCGGCGCCGGCGGGGGCAGACUCGGCUUUCGAAACCAACGUGGUGAUCAUCCUGGCCGCGGUCUUCUUCGCGCUGCUCUUCGCCAUCGGGCUCCACUCGCUGGCACGGUGCGCGCUCCGGUACGUGGGGCGUGGGGCUGCCGCCGCUGUUGCUGCCGGCGAGGGCAGGGCGUCGGCGCGGGUGGCCUGCAGCGGCAGCGGCAUCAAGAGGCGCGUCCUCAGGGGCCUCCCCGUGGAGGUGUACGGCUGCGGGGAGGACAUCGACGACGUGUGCGCGAUAUGCCUGAGCGAGUUCGUGGACGGCGAGAAGGUGCGCGUGCUGCCGCUCUGCGGGCACGGCUUCCACGUCCGCUGCGUCGACGCCUGGCUGGUGUCCCACGGCUCCUGUCCCACGUGCCGGCGGCCGGUGCUCGAGGGCGCGCCCGCGAAGAGUGAGACGGACACGGUGAUCACCGUGGUCAUCGCGUGAGUUCAUCACGCAACGAGGCAUGCCAUUGCUGCCGGCACGGCACAGCCCUGCAUGCGCAAGCUCCUGCGGAAUUUUCAGGCGCUGAUUAAUAGUGGAGUGUAUAAAUGAUUGAAAUGUUCAAUUGCUCGUGUAAAUAUUCAACGGGGCAAAGCGCUUUCCUGACAUCCUAUGAGUAAACA